UACAGAACACUUCGUACGGCCCAACUACUCCUCAUAUUUCUUCAGCAACAACAUUGAGGAAUAUGGUUGGUGUUUUCUGUACCUACUGCGGGAAAAGCUUCACGAGGAAAGAGCAUCUCGAGAGACAUAUACCAAGCCGUAUGUACCGCGAGAUCGUCAUGUGUGAAAUGUGAGCUGAGCAGCGAGGGCAGAUACCAACGUGAAGCCACAUCGUUGCGGUGCUUGUCAAUUGUCAUUCGCACGAAGGUUGGUAUUCGUGUUCCAUCUGUAGCACAUGCCACGCGGUCCUUGCUAACUCAUGGCAGAGAUCUUCUUCAACGACACCAGGCUAGUUACCACGAGAUUCAGGAUAAUAUGCAGGCCAUCCCUGGACGAACUCAACACGUUCCUAGAAGAACUCCAAUUGCCUGCCUCAACUGUGCCAAUGCGAAAGCUGGCUGCGAUAAGAAUGUCCCAUGCACUCGAUGUUAUGAAAAGAAUCUACCUUGCGAAGCUCGGUAUGCCCGGCGAAUUUCAAAAGUUGCUGUUCGGGCAGCUGCAGCUGCACCGCUAGCCGUAUCUCCAAUGAACCACCAGCUUCCAGUUCAGAUGGGACAAAUGGGACAAAUGGAUAUGGACAUGAAGGGCGCUAGAAGCCCCUAUAGUGAGGCAAAUAACAAUUCACCAAAAACUUCAAUACUACAACCACCACAAAUUCACACGCCAGUCAGCAAUGACGGACUCCUGUAUCCCGAUGUAGGUAUAUUUUGUGGGGAGGGGCUCGAAGGGACGAACAAUUCAUCAUCGAUGCAUAUGGACUUCAGUGAUGGUUUCGAUGCUCCUAACAUUGAUUUCCAAGAAUUUCUGUCAUGGAGCGGUGAGUAUCCAAUGGUACUGGAUAACUUUAGGAGUCCUGCAUUCUCUCCCCACCUGGGAAACUUCGAAAUGCCCACAUCUGACUUAAGCGAGGCCACUUCAAGUUCUUAUGGACAGUCUAAUGCCUCAUCUCGUCGUUCGGUCUCUACACCCCACACCAGACAGUCCAGUCAUGCUUCUCCAAUGCCUUCCGCUGCUAGUAAGAAUAUCGACCCUCGAAUCAAAGCAGCUUUGCUCUCGGAAUUUGAGGCGGUAAUCGCAGCCGAGGAUGCAUGGCCACUUGCCCGAUGUAAUCGACCUAUUUUCUCCGACACCUGCCCACGAACCGCAAUCGUCCACUUGGAAACACUGGAGCAGAAUUCUCAAAACAAUGCUGUAUGGGACUCGCUUUUGGAGAACCCUGAAAUGGCUUUGACACACCAGCCCUCUAUUUCAAUUGUUCCCUUGAACCCAACAACCCGCGACAAAAUUUUGGCCAUCACUCAGAGUUUUCUCCAUAAGGCGCUCAACACACAUCGUGGUGGCUCAAAUGCAUGGCCCAAAGCAGCGUCUCAGGUUAGCCCUGGUGGUGGAUUCAGCUUUCUUGUGCUGCCGCCUGCUGAGACGCUGGAGUAUUUCCUGCAAAACUAUGUUCGCACAUUAACAUCAUACUACUCAUUAAUUAAUGGCGGCACGGUGGAUCCGAACGAGUUAAUGUUGAACAAUCAGGCCUCCACGCUGCUCGUUCUUUUAAUGAUUGCCGAAGGUGCAACCGCUAUUGCAUCGCCAGAAGCGCGACAACUUACAGCUGGACUUACUGAAACCUGUCGAAUAUCUCUCUUCGAUUUGAUUGAAAAGGACGUGGAAUUGUCUGCUGAUCCCAUCGUACUUCGAUGUGCAUUGCUCUUUACGAUGCUUGCUGCAUGGGGUAUGUAACUUGAUACCAAAUUUUUGGAAUAAAACUGACCUGCUAUAGGCGGCGAUAAGUGGCAUAUGGAUAUGGCAAUGGGGCAGAGAGGAAUGUAUCUUGCCGUAAGUGUUUCUCCAGAGAGCUUUCAAAGUUUACUGCUUGUUUGGGCAAUCCUGCGAUGAGCAUCUUUGGAGUUAUUUGUUGUGAUCCAAGGGUAUUGGAACUCGGUGCCGACGUUACUCAAAAUAGGUGACGGGUUGGCGAAAAAAGGCUUGGCUGACUGAAAUGUGCAAUUCAGAUGCUCAAACAUGCGGGGAUGAUGGAGCCUCAACCUUCCUUCACACCAGUAUUUGACAAUUGCUCAAGCAAGGACCUCCAAUGGAGAACCUGGGUAAAGAGAGAAACCAAGAUUCGGUAUGUGUGUAUAUAUAUAUCGUCCUUGGGCGUUGCGCUCUGUUGCUUGUCAGCGUCACACCUAUGGCCUUCGCCGCCAACGGGCAUUGGCUGCGGGACAUAGCGAGUUGCGCUUCCUGGAACAACUGACAUACGUCUUGUAUCCCUUUCAAGGACUUGCGAUGCUAACUUGCAGCAGGCUAGUCUACAACUGGGUUAUGGUCGACCAAGAACUCAGUCUGUUUCACGACACUGCUUGUGUUCUCUCCACCACGGAGCUUCAAACGCCGUUGCCGAGUGACGAAGACCUGUGGCUUGCCAAAGACGCCGACGAAUGGCUUGCUGCGUUCUACAAUUCCCGUGAUCGUCCCGAUAGAGGUUUUUCCCCUGCCACUGUAACUGUACUAGCUCCUUCUAUCGGUGAUCUUUUCCAGGACCUUCUCCAUGACAACAUCCGCUCUCAUGGACAACUUACUCCCCUUCAGCUCAAAUUACUUCUUCAUCCUCUUCAUUCACUAGUCUCUCAUCUUCGACACAUCCUGACCUGUUUCUCGGAUGGCCCUGGCCCUCAUCGUGGAGGACGCACAGUCACGAAAGCUUCAACAAUGUCGAGGCUUGAAGAGGUGCAGUCGUUGUUACAAAAAUGGUAUGGCUUGUGUAUCUUUCAUGCCAGUGAUGACUCAGCCUCUUUGAUUGUUCAAGAAAACCUGGUGCUUUACCAUCUAAUCAACCUCAACACUGUCACAUCCUUUCCCGACAUUGAGCGUGUGGCGAGAAAAGAAUAUAGCUCCGAAACUCUAGCAAAUACCGCGUUCUAUAAACGCUGCAUCUAUCGCCGUGAGGAAGCUUUAUUCCACUGUGGACAAGUCUUCCGUCUCGUUAAUUCAAUGCCAAAACAUAGUAGACCACACUGGUGGUCUGCAGCAAUUUACCGUGCUACGAUGAUUGUUUGGAUAUAUAGCCUUUCUCAAUCAUCGAUUGCCAGUGUCACUACCCACAACACCAACAACGAAUGUGUGUUCGCCAUUGAUUCUGUCACUCCUGAGCACCCUUCAGUUACCUCUUACCUGUGGGAUGGUGAAGGCGUUCCCGUACUGGGUCGGAAUGACGGUAGCUAUACGCACCUUGAUCAGCCCGGGCAGGUAUUGAAUCACUGCUCAGAGCUUUUGGCUGAGGGGAUAGAGGGAAGGAUGAGUGAGGGUAUUAGGAGAAAGCUGAAAACCUUGCAGCUCAACUGGGGCUUUGAAUGUUAA